AUGGACCAACCCCAAGGGGACCAGCCGCCUCGAAGGGGAGCUACGCUGCGCCGCGUCGCAUCAGUUAUCGGAGACUUUUUCCACUGGCUAGGUGAUGAAGGCACAGACCCAGCCAGUCCGAGCACUACGAGCGCCAAUUCCGAUGGCCCUAGAGCGCCGUCGUCGAUGGAUUUGCCUAGGGCGAGACCGCGCACGACCUACUGGAUGCCAUGUCAAUGGGUGCCGGAGGAGCCAGAGGAGCCUCCGCCUAUGGUGCCCAAGAAAGCUGGCGGGGCCAACGCUCCCACGGCUGACCCCGUCAAUGUGUACGCGGCGCUCGCAAACGCGAAGGAGAUGCUCGAGACCGCGAACACACCUGGGUUAGGUACGACAAUGCAGAGGAUUAGAAUUGAUAAGGCGAUGGCCAUGUUGAGGAAGAUUGAGAGUCAGAAGUUGAAGGAGGUGGAUAUGGUUCUUGUGAGGGGGCAAUUGUUGGUGGUGCAGUGCAAAAUGCUUGAGCUGUACUUCCAAAACCAGAUCACGCACAAGGACGUCCUAGAGAUUUUGCAUCACAUCGACGGCGCCAUAACCACGCGAAUUCAACUUCGAGCCAGUCCUGCCUUCCCUCAAUCCUCAAAAAGCACCUCCGACUUCCAACGCGUCCUCGUGCACAUGCUCAGCGACGGAUCUUAUGCGACGCCAGUGAACCGCCAACUCCUCCUCCGUGGGCUGGAGGAUAACUUAUUCAAGGUGUCAAGGACGGUCAAAGACCCCCUUCUCCGCGUUAUCCACCUGGAGAUAUCGUGUACCCUCAUGCGAGAGAUCUUCCACGACUCCGUUCGGCAAUUCGAAGAUGGAAAGUGGGUUCGCGCUAUGAGCCUCCUCAGCUCAAAGGAGUCUGCGCUCGAUGUCCUAGUGGGGCUGGAGGACACGUAUGAGGCAGCGUGGGCGGAUGUAAGCGUGGGCUUGGGUGAUUGUGGGCUGACGAGUGCAUACAAAGUGGGAGAUGCUAGGGCGUUGAGCGACGAGUUUGCAAUGUUGCUAGCAAUGUGUAAGGCGUCGCAGUUGCUCCAUCUGGGAGAUAUGCAUUUCGAGGACGUGGAAUCCGGGGAACCAGAGGAGGUCUUUGCGCGGGCGCUGUUGGCGCAGGACGACUAUCGUGCUGCUUUGAGUUUCGUCACGGGGCACGAUGUGGAAUUAGAGGGCAAUGUGCUGUACCGUCUGGCUCGCUUCCACUCGAAGGUAUCCAAACUUCGCGCCGUCGCACACAGCCUGUAUCUUCGAGCAGUUCAACUGGCAGCCGCGCUAGCUCCCACACUGCCCAAAGGCGAAUGGUACCUCAAGUGCACCGAGGCCGUGCAAGCUUAUCGCGACGAGCUGCACGCCAAGGAUGCGAAAGAGUGGGCGAAUAAACGCAAGCCCAUUCUAGAGAAGAUGAAAGACGAGAUCCAGAAGUUAGAGUGCGCGUCGUCGAUGAAGGAUGUGUCUUUUGCAAAGUUCGUCUUCGAGACAUGGCCUCCAAAGACAGAAGGUCCCAAGGAGUUUCCGGUUCAGGCGACCGUCAGUUUGUCGAGGGCCGAGCACCUCAAGAUCAUUGCGCGUUACCACACAGACAAGAAUUCAAAGUUUGGGGAAGAGUGGCUUGUGAUGUGUGAAGAGAUAUCUAAAGCACUGGUAGGACGAUACAAUCUGACAAAGGACAUGUAA